AUGGACGUCAUCACCUUUCAUUCUUUCUCCUCUUCCUCCCCCGCAGACAGCAACUUCAUCCUGGCCAACGCUCAGGUGUUGAAGGGCUUUCCCAUCGUCUACUGCUCCGAUGGCUUCUGCGAGCUCACAGGUUUCUCUCGGGCGGAGGUCAUGCAGAAGAGCUGCGCCUGCAAGUUCCUGUACGGGCCCGAGACCAGCGAGAGCAUCAUCCUCAGCAUCGACGACGCCUUGGAGGAGCGCAAGGAGUUUAAAGAUGAGAUCAUGUUCUACAAAAAGACAGCGGUGCUGUUCUGGUGCCUGCUGGACAUUGUGCCAAUUAAGAAUGAGAAAGGCGACGUGGUGCUCUUUCUGGCUUCAUUUAAGGACAUCACUGACACUAAAGCCAAAGCCAUCCAAGAAGACAAAAAAGAAGAGUACAAGGUAGCAGAUGCCAAGAAGUCCAAAUUCAUCUUACUUCACUACAGCACAUUCAAAGCGGGUUGGGACUGGCUGAUUCUGCUCGCCACGUUCUACGUCGCGGUGACGGUGCCGUACAACGUGUGCUUCAUCGGCGACGACGAUGACCUGACCCGCAGCACCACUGUCAGCGACAUUGCCGUGGAGAUAUUGUUCAUAAUAGAUAUUGUUUUCAAUUUUCGCACCACUUACGUCAGCAAGUCGGGCCAGGUGAUCUUCGACGCUCGACAGAUAUGCAUCCAUUACCUGACCACGUGGUUCAUCAUCGACCUGGUGGCCGCAUUGCCCUUUGAUCUGCUCUAUGCCUUCAAAGUCAGCGUGGUGUCCGUGGUGCACCUGUUAAAAACUGUGCGUCUGCUCCGUUUGCUGCGGCUGCUGCAGAAGAUGGAUCGCUAUUCGCAGCACAGCACAGUGGUCCUGACCCUGCUGAUGUCCAUGUUUGCCCUUCUGGCCCACUGGAUGGCCUGCAUCUGGUACAUCAUCGGCAAGAUGGAGAUGGAGGCCAAUGCCUACAACUGGGAUAUCGGAUGGCUCCAUGAGUUGGGGAAGCGUCUGGAGUCGCCCUACUUUGCCAUAGGAGGAGUUAAUGGGACUGGCAAUGGUCCCUCUAUCCGGAGCGUCUACAUCGCUUCACUCUACUUCACCCUCAGCAGUCUGACCAGCGUGGGCUUCGGCAAUGUGUCGGCCAACACUGACGCUGAGAAGAUCUUCUCUGUUUGUGUCAUGCUUAUCGGAGCGCUGAUGCAUGCUUUGGUCUUUGGUAACGUGACAGCCAUUAUCCAGAGGAUGUACUCACGCUGGUCCCAGUACCACACCAGAACCAAAGACCUCAAGGACUUCAUACGCGUCCAUCAUCUGCCGCAGAGCCUCAAGCAGCGAAUGUUGGAGUACUUCCAAACGACCUGGUCGGUCAACAACGGCAUCGACUGUAACGAGCUGCUGAAGGACUUCCCGGAUGAGCUGCGAUCCGACAUCACCAUGCACCUUAACAAGGAGAUCCUGGAGCUGUCACUGUUCGCCUCUGCCAGUCGCGGCUGCCUUCGCUCCCUGUCGCUGCACAUCAAGACCUCGUUCUGCGCUCCCGGGGAGUACCUCCUCCGACAGGGCGACGCUCUCCAGGCCAUCUUCUUUGUCUGCUCGGGCUCUAUGGAGGUGCUGAAAGACGGCAUGGUGCUGGCCAUCCUGGGUAAAGGUGACCUGAUCGGAGCAAACCUGUCCUUGGAUGAUCGGGUGAUAAAAACCAACGCAGACGUGAAAGCCCUGACCUACUGUGAUCUGCAGUGUGUUAAUCUGAAAGGGCUCUACGAGGUGCUGGACCUCUACCCGGAGUACUCUCACCACUUUGUCCAGGACAUCCAGCAAGAUCUCACGUACAACCUGAGGGAGGGACAUGAGACACAUGUGAAAGCGAGACUGUCCACAACCGCCCUGGAGACUCAGAAUCGAGCGGUGAACCUCAGGGACGCAGGUGGGAAGUCUCCUCUGUGCCGGCCCCGUCAAAAGACCAUGGCACAGAUCUCCAGCAGGUCUCGGAGGAAAAUCCAGGAAAUUACCCUCACAACUUUGGAUCCUUCCAACCUCAGCCCCAGGAUAGUGGAUGGUACUGAGGACAGCGAGGGGACAGAGGGUUCCUUCUCCUUCCCCACCAGCCAAGGUUGUCCCGUCAAAGAACCAACCAGUGCCUCAGCCUCUCCAACAGGUCCUCACAUCAUCGCACACACAGCAGUGAGCACCCUCCGGAGGGAAGUGGCCGACCUCGGGCACGUCAUGAGGAGAAUGGCUCAGCUCAUGGAGACCCUCAUGCCAUCAGUGCCACAACCCGCAGUCGUCUGCCCCACGCACUGCUCCCCGGCACACCACGCCUACCUGCACCACCCUGCCUCCCCUCAGUCCUACCCGUCGCCGUCCUCCCCUCAGACUGCCUCCAUCUGGACGGACACGCCCAUGUCACUGCCCUCCUCUCCCCUCACAGCCUCCCAGCAGCACAGUGUGGCAUGUCACGUGGACUCCCUCGCACACAGACCACAGGACCUCCAGCUGGGGUUCCCGGCGGCCCCCGGCUCGGCUCCACUUCCGUCAGCCCUCCAACCGCAGCCGUCCUCCGUCACCGCAGAGCCUCACAUGCCUUCCUCGCCCCGCAGCUCACCAGAAUUUCCCCACUCCAUCAGGUCAAGGGUACACAGUCCACCUCCGCAGGACGGGGGAGAUGAGGGCCCUCUACAGAGCUCUGGGUGUUCUCCUCAAACUGAACUCGGGGGAGCGUACCACAACCCGACCACGGGUUUGUAG